AUUCGUUGAAGUCGUGUUUUCCAAAUUGACCAAAUCCUCUCCACAUACAACAAAGGAACACGCCUGCAGCUUCACCACAUGUUCACGCCUGCAGCUGUUUCCAACUUUCGAAAGGGGUUGUUGAACUGGUGAGGCCCAUGGUAGCACAAAGUCUGCUGAACCAUGGCCUUGAAACCAGCCUGGUUCGCAGAUGUUGGUGGCCAGACCGAUUCUGCGGCGAGUCCUCAGCUUGCUCUGACAUGCGCAGCUUGUGGGAGAAUGCGGAGAAGGUCGACCGUUUGCCUCCACCUGGUGCGUGUGAGAAUCCAAAGUACAUUAUGACUGGAAGUCGAGACCGCUAUGGGUUCAUGAAGAGAGGGCGACUGGACAGCUUGUCCUUCCCUUCUGAGGAGUGGCACAAAUGCUGCAUGAUCAACGAUGGCAAGAAAAUGCUUUGUGAAGAUGUCAGUGCGAUGCCCUUCUCGGAACUCAUAAACCAGCAUCAUGGGAUGUGUGGCACCCACGCUUGUAUGGGAGCAGAUGAACGCUGUUUGCAUGUAGAUCAUCAAGAGGAGGAACUUACGAGCCCAAAGAAGGGGCAGUGUCCUGGCUCCUGCAGCAGCGAUUGCAUUCGCUCCUCGGAGCGAUUGGAGUGCAUCCACCUAGGUAUGACAACUCAGGAAGGAGGCACAGAGGGAGAUGAUGCGCAAUAUGUUCGCAACGAGUUCAACCAGCCUGAGAAAUACGAAGUCUUCUCCUUGUCGAUGCCUAGCAUGCUUGGUUUCUGGAACAGACCGGGCCAAAGGUCGAGAUAUCACCAACAUAUUGCCUGGGAUCAUUUUCUGACAAUGUCAUAGCAAAGCUUCGGUUCAUCCAUUUCUCAAUGCGAUGGAAAAGAGUUUGCUGCGGCAGCGCGCAGGAGAACAGCAGGCUCACCAUGUGCCAAGCCGAAAAUGUUUUGUAGUUGAGCGAUUUGCUUGCGAUGACGGAAAUGCUUGACAACCUCCAAGUUUUGUCAACGAUGGGCACAUGGAAUGGCUCUCAUGGCCGGUGUUCCUUUGUUAAACGCACUUGUAUAAGUUUCUUCCCAUACCCAUACUUCCCGUGGUUGAGCUCGUGGGGCCCGUUGUCCUGGAGGGUACGGGUGUGUGCUCAAAACUGUUACGCCGUUGUUUUGCAAUCCUUUGAGUGCAUGGGUACUUGUGAAUAUCUACGAACGUUACAACAGUUCUUGGAUUUAGAUCUUGGGAAGAUUUCUCCGCUGGUGCUUGUAUCAGCUCUUUUCCACAUCAAAAUCGCAAGGUUUGCGCAUGAGAGGGUAUCUUACAUACA